GCAAUUGAAUAUAUAUCGUUCACAAAAAAGGUUUCAAAUGUUAUCUUAAAAUUCUUGAGUUUAGGAAUUUUUCGAUGUAAUUUUUAUUAUUUUUUAAAACCUAGUUCGGCAAAGUAAUCUUGGUUGGAAACUUAUUAAAAGUAGAGUCGAUGUUAUAAAAAAGAAGAUGACGUUUGGUAACGGAAAUUUUAUAAUUUUUUGAUAAAAGAAGUAUAUUAAUAUGUUUAUAUUUCCAUUUUGGUAAAUAAUGUGAAUAGUUUUAGAGCAUUAAUAAAUUAUUGGUUUAUUAAUAUAUAUACUUUGCUUUUACUACAAGAUGGAUCAAAUGUUACCAAGCCCUGGCUUCAGUAUCCCUAGUAUCGGGACACCUCUUCAUCAACCAGAAGAAGACCAAUUAAUCUUACCUAAUGCCCUCCAACAACAGCAGCAACUACAACAACAAAUACCUGUUAGUAACUCCCAAGUGCCUCCGUUGGCUCCAAUGGGAGGACUGACACCAACACUAGGACUGGGCAUGGGCCACGCAAUGUCCAUGCCACAAACUAAAUACGUACCUGGAUUUGCGUUACCCAUGAAUUCAGUAGCACCACAAACACCACAACAUACCAUGAUGAGCCCAAUGAUAAAUUUAGGUGGAUCAGUAACUACCGGAGCCGGAGUAACUCCAACAAUGGGACCAUCGACUCCUUCUCCAAUGACACCCAUGACACCACAUUCUGCAGAUCCAGGAAUCAUUCCACAAUUACAGAAUAUAGUAUCGACGGUAAACCUGAGCUGCAAAUUGGAUUUGAAGAAAAUAGCUCUACACGCCAGAAACGCCGAAUACAACCCCAAACGUUUCGCUGCGGUGAUAAUGCGGAUCCGAGAACCUCGUACGACGGCCCUAAUCUUUUCUUCGGGAAAAAUGGUGUGCACCGGCGCCAAAAGCGAAGAAGAUUCAAGGUUAGCUGCCAGAAAAUACGCCAGAAUAAUCCAAAAGCUGGGAUUUCCUGCAAAAUUUUUGGAUUUCAAAAUUCAAAACAUGGUCGGAAGUUGUGACGUUAAAUUCCCUAUCAGACUCGAGGGACUCGUACUCACCCACAGUUCUUUCAGCAGCUACGAACCGGAAUUGUUUCCAGGACUUAUUUAUCGGAUGGUGAAACCGCGAAUAGUUUUGUUAAUAUUUGUGUCUGGUAAAGUUGUGUUGACCGGUGCUAAAGUUAGACAGGAAAUUUACGAAGCUUUCGAUAAUAUUUAUCCUAUUUUGAAAAGUUUUAAAAAACAGUGAGUAUUUUUUUUUUAAAUUAUAUUCGUUCCUCUAUUUUCAUUGUAAAAUUACUUUUAGUUCUAGUCAACAUUGAAUUUAUUGUGGGUAUCGUUCAUUGAAUUUUGAGUUUAAUGAAGUUUUAAUAGUUCAUAUUAUUCAGUAGUUCAAAUGUACCAUACUUAUAAGUAUCAAAUUUACUUGAAAUUUGAAAGAUUAAUCAAUAUUUUGAUAUCUAUUAAUUUUAUAAUCGUAGUUUUGUUGCUGGACUCGUAUUUGUUUAAUUUUUUUCCUUGUAUCAUAGGUAAAAAUCAAUAUUUUGUGGUUUUAAUUCAAUUUUUCUUCGGAAUAAGUCUUUGUCUUCAUUAAUAUAUAUAAUAAAGUCCUUGAAAAACAGUAAUUGUCCUGUAAUAAUCACGAGACUUUAAAAAAUUGUUAAAAUCACUUUUAGUCUUGUUGCGCAUAAAAAAAUGAAUAUGUAAAAUUCUGUACUUCAAUCAAAUUCUUGAUAAAUAGAAAUUUGUCAUUUAUAAGUGUGAUACAUUUGAACUACUCAAUGCUAGGAACUAUUAAAACCUCGCUGAAUUCAAAUUUUAUUGAAAAUAUAACAAAUUUAAUUAAAUAAUGGAAAAAUAAAAGCAAAAAUCAAAGUUAAGGAUUCGUAAUGGUUGAAAUUCCAAAAAUUGUUGAUUAAAAAUAAUGUAGGCACUGCAUAAUUUGUAUUCCUUUAUAUAGGUGAUACAUUUGAACUACUGAAUGGUAAUAAUCAUUUGAAAUUGCACUAGGAUUUAAUUUAGUUGAAAAUGUAGUAGAUUCAAAUAGAAAGUCUGAAACGAAUCGUAUUCUAAACAUUUUAGUUCUUAAUGCAAUUAUUACAUAAUUAAACGAUUCAAAAUAAAAGAAGGAAUGAUGAAACUUGCAUUUUCGUCGAUAAUUUUUAGUAAAAUAAAUAGAUUUCAUUGUACAUUUGAACUACCGCAUGGUAGAAACCAUUUAAAACUACAUGCGAUUUAAUUUGACUUAAAAUUGAGCAGAUUUAACUUGAAAAUGGAAAAACAAAACCGAAAAGUUGAAAUAAUGAAUCAAAGUUUAAAAUAUUUUACUCAAAAUGAAAUUAACGAAUUGUUUAUACAUAUUUAGAUGUUCGAAAAUGAAGUAGGCAAAGUUUAAUUCGUAUUUCAUUACAAUUUUGAAAUUGUUUAACUUGAAAAUGGAAAAAUAGAACCAAAAUUUGAAAUAAAAACUAUAAAACAAAACAAAAAUCGAAAAUUUUCUCACAUUUAAAUGAUCGGGAUAAAUUAGAUAGUGUAUCAUUCGAUAUUAUGGAAUAAACAGUGCUUAAUACUUAGUGGUGCAUUUGAACUACUGAACAGUAGAGACUAGAUUUAAAUUGGUUGGAAACGCAACUUCAAAAUAUGAAAAAAAAUCAUUAAGUCGAUUGAUUUUAUAUUAGCGGAUCUCUUUAUAGCAUAUGACUUAAGUCACUUGUUAUUUUUGCUUAAUUAAUAAAAAAAUGUGGAUUCAACAGGAAUAAUUUAAUGUGGUUGAGGAUAACAAAUUAUGGGGUGUUAGGAGGCAUUAAAACAAAAUUAAUUUUGACUUAAUUUGAUUUUUUUUGAGUUUUUUCGGUACCUACAUCAUAAUACAUGUUGAACGACGCAUUUUUCUUGUUACAUUAAUAAGAGUAUGAUUAAGUUUUAUUGUACAUUCGAUUAUUUUGUUAAGAUUGAAUAAAGAAAAAUUUUUUUCAACCUA